UCGCUCUCAAACCCAGAAGAGAGAAAGAAAAUGAACAUAGAGUACUCAUAUUAGCAAAUUAAUGAAUCCCCGAGAAUCUGUGAUAAUGGACGUAACAGAAAGUUUCCGCAGUGAAGAUAUAGUAAAAACAGACUUUUUCGAUUUUGUUGUGACGCCGGAUUCAAACGACACUCAUUCCAUCCAACAGUUCACGAAGCAGAUGCGGACAGUCAACGCUUUCCUAGGAAACAGCGCAGAGGAGACCAAGGAGACCAACAACAACAUGAUCGUAUCCGACAUACCCACGACUACCUCGGAAGGUGUGGCCAACUUUGACGCUAACUUCUGGAGCGACAAAGAAACAGUUAGGAUAGAAACUGCCAUUUUAGAAGACUUAAAUAAAUAUUGUUGGAAUACCGAGGACACCAAUGGCGUGGUUCAACUGAGCCCUGGCAAAAACAACAAUAAUAAUAACAACAACAGUACUACGGAUGGACAAAUCUACACACUGACAGUAUUAAACGGUAUCGAUCAAAGUGCCACUUGGUACCGACCACCCAAGGAAGAGGAGUCCAUAUCAAGUCCGAACUCGAUGGAACAUCUUCAAGCAGGCUUAGAUAUAGACUCAAUUUUAAAUAUAAUGCCCAGUCAAAUGAACAACUAUAACAAUAAUUACAACGAAAGUACUAUGAGUCCCAACACUGACGGGCUGAUAAAAUCGGAAACCUAUACCUACGAGGAUAGUGGAUUCGCAGACAAUAAGGACGAGCUAACAAACUCUCUGAUUAUAGACACGCCGAUGCUCGAGGCGCACGACAACUUCAACAACAACAAUAACGACUGGAAGCUGUCGAACAACAACAACACAAGUAGCGGAUCACCAGACUCAUUAUUACGCAGCGCUUUACAAGGGAAACCUUUUGUGCGUUACAACGGGAAUAUUAAGACGACCAAGGCUGAAAACAAUACGGAGCUAAGAAGGGUUCUCUCGGCGCCACCUCCCAAAACAGAUACGAUUUACAUGAAAGAGGAGCAACAAGACAAUAUCCCAACCAUUGUAGCCGGUAUAGACGCUAACGGCAAGGUAGUUUUCGAGGAACACGUCGCUUCCAGAAACGUAGCCGAUGCCGAAAACCCCUCGAGUACGCAUAACGUAGAUGACCUCUUACUGAGUCAGCUGGACCACUCUUUCCCAGAGGACUUCGAGAAACUGAAACGUAUAGCGAACGAGGUGGCCGAGUCUGUAAAUCAGUAUUGUCAGAUAGACACAUCUGCAGAAAAUACCGUCAAUAGUAUUAGCCCCAUUAGCUCCGACCAAAUAGGCAUAUUAUACAAUCUUAGUUCACCGAUACAAAUAACAACACCAGUGGUAACCAGUACGAAACCCACGAAAAAGUACAAACGGCAAAAUAGUGGCAACAAGUCUCAAACAACGGUGCAAAAUGCCACGUCAACGAGUAAUGGUGUAAGGAAGGAGAGGUCGUUACACUACUGCAGUAUUUGUUCUAAGGGUUUCAAGGAUAAGUACUCCGUAAACGUCCACAUUCGUACCCACACAGGCGAAAAACCGUUUGCUUGCAGUUUGUGCGGGAAAAGUUUCAGGCAGAAGGCGCAUUUGGCUAAGCAUUACCAGACGCAUAUUGCUCAGAAAAACGCUACAGCGGCUGGUACUGUCACAGCUGCGAAAGCAAAAUCUAGGUAGCUUUUUAAAACGUAAAUUGACGGAAUGUUGUUCUUUUAUGUUUGUCGGUAAUGUUUUGCAUUUAUUGAUAAUUAAUGUGAAAAUGUAAUUUAUCUAUCAGAUGUGAUACUUAGACGAUUAAAUUUCAAAUAUUUUAUUAUUAUAUUCAAUUACUGACACUAGAAUCAUGCCACGAGUUUACACUAAUGCAGUUGUAAUUUACCAGUGUAAUUAUCAGCAUUUUGGGAAGUAGUUUUAAAUGCAAAUUUUGAAUUCUUUUAAUUAUACAUAAAUGCGUUUUAAUUAACAUGACAAUUCUGCUAAACAGAUUUGCCUCAGCUAUUAAAAUUUAGACGAUUAAAAAUGAUUUUUAAGUGUUAGAGUGGCACCAUUAGGACAGGAUAUUAGGACAUGUAUGAUCUGACACUGAAAAUUUAAUAUUGAAAACAAAUUGCAAAAUUUUGUAAUAAUAUUAUUUCUCCCUUUCGCAAUUGUAAUAUC